AGUUCUGCACAAAUAUUUCUCAUGCCAGGCUUAUAUCAUUCUUGCAAGCUUGCUCCAUGAUUAGGACAGGCUGGCGUGAGCCUGUCUGUUCGGCAGCAGUUUUGAUGUGUGUUACAAUUAAAUGUUUUGGUGUCCCAGAAUAAUGGAGACUAAGAAAAGCCCUGCUGCAGUGGGACUGUAUAAAAGGAGUGUGACUCCCAUCCCGGGCCCUGCUGAAGGAGGACAGGAUUGACCCCAAGUGGAUUUGCACUGACUGGUGUGACCCUUACCCCGUGAUGCUGGAUGGAGGAUGAAGCUGUCUUGGACAGAGGGGCUUCCUUCCUUAAGCACGUGUGUGACGAAGAAGAAGUAGAAGGCCACCACACCAUCUACAUUGGAGUCCAUGUGCCCAAGAGCUACCGGAGGAGGAGACGUCACAAGAGAAGAACAGGACAUAAGGAAAAGAAGGAGAAAGAGCGGGUCUCUGAGAACUACUCUGACAAGUCGGAUGUGGAAAAUGCAGAUGAAUCCAGCAGUAGCAUCUUAAAACCACUCAUCUCUCCUGCGGCAGAACGCAUCCGCUUCAUCUUGGGAGAGGAAGAUGACAGCCCCGCGCCCCCUCAGCUCUUCACGGAGCUGGAUGAGCUUCUGGCCGUGGAUGGGCAGGAGAUGGAGUGGAAGGAGACAGCAAGGUGGAUUAAGUUUGAAGAGAAAGUGGAGCAAGGUGGGGAGAGGUGGAGCAAGCCACAUGUGGCCACGCUGUCUCUGCACAGCUUAUUUGAGCUGAGGACGUGUAUGGAGAAGGGAUCGAUCAUGCUUGACCAUGAGGCCUCCUCUCUCCCUCAGCUGGUGGAGAUGAUUGUUGACCAUCAGAUUGAGACUGGCUUAUUAAAAGCUGACCUCAAGGACAAGGUGACCUAUACUUUACUCCGGAAGCACCGGCACCAGACCAAGAAGUCCAACCUCCGGUCCCUGGCUGACAUUGGGAAGACUGUCUCCAGUGCAAGUAGGAUGUUCACCAACCCAGACAACGCCUGCAGCCCGCUUGAGAACUCAGUGCCCUGCCUAGCAGCCCGCACCUCAGAGGAUGACUCCUGCGUGCGGCGCACCCCCAGCAUGGGAUGGCUGAGUAGCCCAGCCAUGACCCACAGGAACCUGACGUCCUCCAGUCUCAACGACAUUUCUGAUAAACCAGAGAAGGACCAGUUGAAGAAUAAGUUCAUGAAAAAGCUGCCGCGGGACGCAGAAGCUUCCAAUGUGCUUGUGGGGGAAGUCGACUUCCUGGAUGCCCCUUUCAUCGCCUUUGUCCGGCUGCAGCAGGCGGUCAUGCUGGGUGCCCUGACUGAGGUCCCUGUGCCCACGAGGUUCUUGUUCAUUCUCUUAGGUCCUAAGGGGAAAGCCAAGUCGUACCAUGAGAUCGGCAGAGCCAUUGCAACCUUGAUGUCUGAUGAGGUUUUCCAUGACAUUGCUUAUAAAGCUAAAGACAGGCAUGACCUGAUCGCUGGGAUUGACGAGUUCCUGGAUGAGGUCAUUGUCCUUCCGCCGGGAGAGUGGGACCCAACUAUCAGGAUAGAGCCUCCCAAGAGCCUUCCGUCAUCUGACAAGAGGAAGAACAUGUACUCAGGUGGAGAUAAUGUUCAGAUGAACGGGGAUACACCCCAUGAUGGCGGCCACGGAGGAGGAGGCCACGGGGACUGUGAGGAGCUGAAGCGGACUGGACGGUUCUGUGGCGGAUUAAUUAAGGACAUCAAGAGGAAAGCGCCAUUUUUUGCCAGUGAUUUUUAUGAUGCUUUAAAUAUUCAGGCUCUUUCAGCAAUUCUCUUCAUCUAUCUGGCAACUGUGACUAACGCCAUCACUUUCGGAGGCCUGCUUGGGGAUGCCACCGACAACAUGCAGGGCGUGUUGGAGAGCUUCCUGGGCACUGCUGUCUCUGGAGCUGUCUUUUGCCUUUUUGCUGGUCAACCACUCACUAUUUUGAGCAGCACAGGACCUGUCUUAGUUUUUGAGAGGCUUCUAUUUAAUUUCAGCAAGGACCAUAAUUUUGACUACUUGGAGUUUCGCCUUUGGAUCGGCCUAUGGUCAGCCUUCCUGUGCCUCAUUUUGGUGGCCACAGAUGCCAGCUUUUUGGUCCAGUAUUUCACUCGUUUCACAGAAGAGGGCUUCUCUUCUCUGAUCAGUUUUAUCUUUAUCUAUGAUGCUUUCAAGAAGAUGAUCAAGCUAGCUGAUUAUUAUCCCAUCAACUCCGACUUCAAAGUGGGCUACAAUACGCUCUUCUCCUGUGCCUGUGUGCCACCAGACCCAGUUAAUGUGUCAGUACCUAAUGAUGCUACACUGGCCCAAGAGGAUUUUCCAACUGUUUCUUCUACUGACCUCUACCAUAAUGCAACCUUGGACUGGGCAUAUUUAUCAAAAAAGGAGUGCUUGAAAUACGGAGGGAAGCUUAUAGGAAACAGCUGCGAUUUUGUUCCUGAUGUUACGCUCAUGUCUUGCAUCCUCUUCUUGGGCACCUACACCUCAUCCAUGGCUAUGAAAAAAUUCAAAACUAGUCGUUAUUUUCCAACCACAGCAAGAAAGCUGAUCAGCGAUUUUGCCAUCAUUUUGUCCAUUCUCAUAUUUUGUGUAAUAGAUGCCCUAGUUGGUGUGGACACUCCAAAACUAAUUGUGCCAAGUGAGUUCAAGCCAACAAGUCCGAAUCGAGGCUGGUUUAUCCCCCCGUUUGGAGGAAAUCCCUGGUGGGUGUACCUGGCUGCCGCUAUCCCAGCGUUGUUGGUCACCAUCCUGAUUUUCAUGGACCAGCAGAUCACUGCGGUCAUUGUAAACAGGAAAGAACAUAAGCUCAAGAAAGGAGCUGGAUAUCACCUGGAUCUCUUCUGGGUGGCCGUCCUCAUGGUGGUGUGCUCCUUCAUGGGCCUCCCGUGGUAUGUGGCUGCUACUGUCAUCUCCAUCGCUCACAUCGACAGUUUGAAGAUGGAGACAGAGACUUCUGCACCUGGAGAGCAGCCGAAGUUUCUAGGAGUGAGGGAACAAAGAGUCACUGGAACCCUUGUGUUUAUUCUGACUGGCCUGUCGGUCUUUAUGGCGCCUAUCUUGAAGUUUAUUCCUAUGCCUGUACUAUAUGGUGUGUUCCUGUACAUGGGAGUAGCUUCGCUUAAUGGGGUACAGUUCAUGGAUCGUCUCAAGCUGCUCCUGAUGCCCCUGAAGCACCAGCCUGACUUCAUCUACCUGCGCCACGUGCCCCUGCGCCGGGUCCACCUGUUCACUUUCCUGCAGGUGUUGUGUCUGGCCCUGCUCUGGAUUCUCAAGUCAACAGUGGCUGCUAUCAUCUUUCCAGUUAUGAUCCUGGCCCUUGUGGCUGUCAGAAAAGGUAUGGAUUACCUCUUCUCGCAGCACGACCUCAGCUUCCUCGACGAUGUCAUUCCAGAAAAGGACAAGAAAAAGAAGGAGGAUGAGAAGAAAAAGAAAAAGAAGAAGGGAAGUUUGGACAGCGACAAUGAUGAUGAGAAAGAUCAUCAACAUUCCUUGAACGCCACACAUCAUGCUGAUAAAAUUCCUUUCCUUCAGUUGCUUGGUUUUCCAAGUCCUCCUAGAACUCCAGGAAAAGCUGUGCCUCAAAUUAGAAUAGAAGUUGAGCCUGAAGACAAUGAUUAUUUCUGGAGGAGCAAGGGAACAGAAACUGCAUUAUAACCUAUUGUCUUUCUUACAACUGACAGUUUUGUUGUUAAUGUUCUUGUUUUUUUUUCUUUUUGUCUGGCCAUUUAUUUUUAAAUUUUUGUUCUAUUUCAAUUUUUGAUCACUGGCCAAAUAAUACAGCACUCUCUCUGCUUCUUUCUUACAUAGAUAAAAUCAAGGCACUAGUGCACUGCUCCUUAGAAAAGCAUCUACAGAAUCCGCCUUUUGUUCUUAGGAUUUCAGAUGUGUCUUCCAACAACCCAGUUCCCCUGUCACUCAAGACACGCACAGAUCCUUGUCCUUUGAUUAAGCAGAGGUCAAAAGUAUUAAAGAUUUUAUAAAACUUUUUACUAAAAUACUGAAGGAACUUAACACAUUAGCUUCAGAGCUGUGCUUACUGGCUUGUUCUUGUCUGGCAGAACAAACCCUAAUCUCCAGACAGAGUCCCUCUCCCCUCAUAGAGCUGCCCAGGACUGGAAAACAGUGCUGCUAUUCUAACUUGCUCUUGCUUGUACGCCCUAGUCAUAGAGUUAUCAAAGGUACUUUACUCCCUGUAGAGAAAUUGUUGCCACCAGGUAGCAAGUGCUGGAAUGUCCCUUUUUCCUAUGCAACUUUUUUUAACCCUUUAAUGAACUUACCUGUUGAGUACAUUGAAGAAUAUUUUUCUUUCUAGAUUUUGUUGUUUAAAUUAUGGGGCCUAACAUGCAACUUAUUUUUUGUCAAUUUUUUAAACUUUUUUUUAAUUACUGUAAAGAAAAUGAAUUUUUCCUGCAGCAGGAAACCUAGUUUUGAGUAGUUCUACCUCUUAUUUGUAGCUGCCAGGCUUUCUGUAAAAAUUGUAUUGUAUAUAAUGUGAUUUUUACGCACACAUACACACACGAAUACACAAUCUCUAGGGUAAGCCGGAAGGCCAAAUCAGAUUAAAAAGCAAAAACAAGAAGAAACACAAUGUUUCUAAGCAUCCACUUUAUCCCAUUCUUUAAAAGAAACUUAACUGUUCUGUGAAGGCUCUUGAGGGAGGAGAACUUCCUCACCCGAGAGAGUUACGUGGCUCCGGUAACACAGCGCCUGGACGCAGCGGUGACUGUGCGGCCGUGUGACUGCCCGUGCAGUAUUGUUAGGCAUCUUUUCAUUCUGAAGUAUCUGUGUGUUUGUGUAUGUGCUUUGUGUGUGGCUGGUGCACAUAUGUGCAAAGUUAGAAAAAGAGUGACAGUGAACAGAGGGCAAAGUUAUUAAGUGUGUCAGUUUUCAUAAAAUCUAAACCACACGUGAGAAUCACAUGAGGGGCCCAAGAAUCAUAUCACUGUGGAAAUGAAGGCAAGUAUGACUUACCACCCAGCUGGCGGUCACAGCCACUGACACCGUAGCUCAUACUGACAAAAGAAAAUCCACAGGACUAUGGACAGCUCACUUACGCAUCCGUACGGUGUUAGGGGAGAGCGGAGGUAGAAGUGCACACAUUUUAACAACACUUUCACACGGUUCUUUGUAACUGGGACAUGUAAAACCUGUAUGUGUACAUAGACAUGUGUGAUCAUUUCAGAGUAUCACAUUGAAAAUUAGACCUUCAUUUAAAUACAAUGUUUUAGUGAGCUACAUUAUACAUUGAAUAAGACAUUUCGAAUGUUGAAUCAUAAUUUGGGAUUCAUGUAGCCCCAGAUGUGAUCUGUCCUCAGAGUAACAGGUUGAUGGAGGACAACUAGGAACAGACAAAUUUUGGUGCAGUUACUGACUCCACUCAUUUUUAUUUUAAUUAAAUUGUAAUUUUGCCCCUUGGAGAUUAAUAUAUAAAAAAUUUUAUUAUCCCAAGUUAAUUAUUACUUUUAUAAUAUCUCAAAACUUUUAAUUUUAUAAAAAUAGACAAAAAUGACCUCAUUUUUUAAAUUAAAAUGACAGUUGCAAAUUACACAUUCUAAAACCCCAGUUGCCAAAUUUUGGCAUCAUGUUUGCAUAUUGAUCUAUCCUUAAAAUGAUUAUUCUGUGUUAUUUAGUUUACCCUUAAAAAAAACUCUGUGAGAAAGUGUGCCCUUUCUCUUUACUGAAGAAUCAACAGAAUGUUUAAUAAUCAUAGAUUUAGUCUAAUCAAGAUGUUAAGUCAAAGGCAUUCUUAUUUUUUAUAAAAGCUAUGGAUAUAAUUUGUUUUUCUAAUCACAAAUCAAGUAUUUGGAGAUUUCUACUCCUUCCCAUACCAGGCAAAGAACCACUGAAGCACUUUGCCUGUUGUUGCAGCCUGUGAGUAGACGGGAAGCUAUCUGCAAUCCAACUGUGAGGCAGCUUGUCACUCUGUGAUGAUAGUUGGUGUUUGUGUUUACAACACAAAAUAGUACCUUACAUUUGCUACAGCAAACCCUUUCAACAUUGUGGGAACCCAGGAAAUAAUUUCUUUUAAUCAUUGCUUUUACAGAAACAAAGAUAGUUAUCACACUGACCAGCAAAACCAAUAUCCACAUAGAGCCAACAGAUUACCUAUAUUCUAACCGAAUUUAUGGGUUGGAUAAGAACUAAACAGAUUUGGGGCGUGGUUUUGUUUUUAUGUAAACUGAACACACACUAGAAAUUUUUUAAUGACAUACUUCUCUGUUUUUGCUCCAAUGUGCACUGGAGACACGUGAUCUAAGUUUCUCGGGGUGAAGGCUGAGUCCACCCAGAGCUCAUGGUCAGGGUUCCCGAGUGCGGGAACUGAUGGUGUAAGAGUCUGCCUAUGAAGAGAGCAUUCAUUCCGCUGGCUUUGCGUUUGAGAGAAAAACUGUGGGAGAUACUGUUGUCCUUUCUUUGCUGUGUGUGACUACCUGAAAUCCUAAUUAUUUCAUAUGCCGUAGGCAGUAUUGCUCCUGCCUCUUCAGUCAGAGGUUGAGGAGGAGCCUUACUGAUUCAAGAAGCAGAAAAGAAAACCUCCCUCAGCCCCACACCUCAAAGAAUGGGAGAAAAUUAUCUGCUGUCAGUAAUCCAAGUUUUGUGAAUUUUAUGCAUAUGCAACAACACACACAGUGACUCUAUUGGUGUUUAAUAUGAAUAAUGAUUGUCUUCUGGGUUUUUGGUUCUUUUUUUUUUUUAAACUGUGUUAAAGUACUUGAAAUGUAUUGACUGCUGACUGUCUGUCAAAAACACAAUAUUUGAGUUGUAUCACAGAGGUUGACAUUGUUCAGGGAUGGGACAAAGUGUUCUUCAGUCUUUUUCAUACCACUUACGUGAUCAUGGUGUAGGAACCUGAGCGUUUCUUAUACGUUCCAUGGUAGCUCACAUCUGCUCUCACAGUGUGAGCUGGGCGCCCAGUGGCCCCUAGUGAUUGAACACAGUCGAUGACAGCACUUCUCUGUCUGAGGGUUGUGAGGAUUUUCAGAUGAUGACUUCACUGAGCACCAUUGCUGCCUGAAAUCUUAAAAAAAAUCCAUAAUAUAUGCUAAUCAGUUAAGUGGUGUUUUGAUGAAAAGUUGGAUACAUCUUAUUUCUUGGCUCAUUUGUGCUCUAUGGGUACAUAUAAAAAUUACGAAUUUUGUUUCCUAGGUAAAUAUUGCAACUCAGGGUUAAAGUCACCCAGUGAACUUUUAGAGCCAGAAGUAACUUUGUCCCAGUCCUACAACAUGACAGUAAUGAGCCAUUUUCAUGGCAGGUACAGAUCCAUACACAUUACUUUUCAGAAUCAAUACGCACUUUCAGAUAUUCUUAUUUUUAUUCUCUUGAGUCUUUAUUAACUUUGGAGAAAUGAUGCAUCUUUUUAUUUUAAAUGAAGUAGAUCAACAUGGUGGAACAAAAUGAUAAAGAACAGAAAACAUUUCAAUAUAUUACUAAUAAUUUUUCCAAUAUAAACCUAAAAUUCCUAUAACAUAGUAUUUUACAGUUUUAUGAAGCUUUCUAUUGUGACUUUUAUGGAAUUAAGAGAUGAAGAAGAUGAGAUAUUUUAGCAUUUAUAUUUUUCAAAAUUAAUGUAUACUUAAAAUAAAGUAACUUUAUGCA